AUGGUCAGGGACCUGCAUGGAGAGAAAGGGACAUGUGAGGCUCAAAAGCAGCAAAAAACCAAAACCCAAACCCAACAAAGACAGAAGUUUCUGGGGAAGAAAAGUGAAGUUUUCCUGCAGCACUGGGAAGAAACAGGAACGUAUCGCCCAUUGCAUCCUGGAAAACCUCCCUGCGAGGGCAGGGAUCUGCCUGGGUUUCUUCUUGGCAGCAAUAACUCAGCGCUGGCAAGCAGCACUUCAGUCCUGAGCGGGCUCGUGGUGGAGCCUUUGCCUUACAACACCACGGAGUUCUUUAGCAAUGGAUACUGUGCCAGGGGGCUGGGAUGGACCAGGACAAGGUGGCACGGGGAAGGGCUGCCAGCAUCACAGACCCCCGUGCCACCUCCCGCAGAGACAGAUUCCUGCUCACAGUCACCUUCCCCUGGGAGGAAUAGCUGCAGAGAGAAGCGAGAUGCUGCUGGGAAGCAAGUGUUUACCCUAUCAAAACCACACUGCCGCGAUACCAAGGGACUGCGGGGUGGUUUCCAGGACGGACGUUCACCAGGCUGCAGCCCCGAAUUUCAAAGGGUGACCUGUGACCGUUGGCCACCCCCAGUUGCAGUCUCUCUCCCCACCACCAUGCGGGCUGCAGGCGUGAUCCGGUACACGGUGUUGCUCAUCACGCUGCUGAGCACAUGGUUCAUCGUGCAGACAUUCUUCGAUCGGAGCUGGAAAGCCAUCAGCCUGCGAAGCUGGCUCGGUGCCAUCAACAAGUCCAGCAGCAAGCAGCUGCCCCAGCACAAGUGCGGGAACAAGAAUAGCUGCUCCGAGGACCAUUUUGCCUUCAAGAUCAUCAGCGGCGCUGCAAACGUGGUGGGACCCUCCAUCUGCUUCGAUGACAUGGUCCUCAUGAGCAGCAUGAAAAACAACGUUGGCAGAGGCCUGAACAUCGCGCUAGUGAAUGGAACAAGUGGGCAGCUCCUGAAAACUGACACAUUCGACAUGUAUUCUGGAGACAUUAACAAACUGGAUACCUUCCUCCAAGAGAUCAAGCAUGGCACCAUCGUGCUGACAGCCAGCUAUGAUGACGCUGCCACAAAGAUGAAUGACAAAGUACGGACACAAUUUGUGGAGCUGGGCAGCAGCCACGUGAGCAAGCUGGGCUUCCGGGACAACUGGGUCUUCUUGGGAGCGAAAGGUCUGAAGAACAAGAGCCCCUUUGAAGAGCACAUCAAAAAUAAUGAGAAGAAAAAUAAAUACGAUGGCUGGCCUGAGAUGCUGGAGAUGGAGGGCUGUGCCCCCAGAAAGAUGGAUUAGCAUCAAGCCUCAGCCUGCCACGGAGGCGAGACCAGUCUCGCAGGGACCCCAGCCCCACCACUGCCCGGUCACAUAGCCCAGCAGUGGCUGCCCACUCCCAGAAACCAGCCAUUUCACAUCAGGGGCUGCGCGG